UAGGUUUAAUUGAUAAACAUUGCCUACAUGCUCUAUGAGUUGUAAAAAAAUAAACAUGUACUUACAGUGAAUGUGUAUAUUGUAGGACUAUUUAACUCAAUAUGUCUUCGUCUAUAGAAAUACCUCUCCGUGAUACGGAUGAGGUUAUAGAACUCCAUCCCGAAGGUUUACCAGAUGGAGAAGAAGUGCUUAGUAUUCUGAGGCAAGAGCAAGUUCAAUUGAAUACAUGGUUAACUGUCGCUCUUGCAUAUUAUAAGCAAAAUAGGCAGCAAGUUUUUGUAGACAUUUUGGAAGCUUCUCGUGUUGAUGCCAAUAUUAAUUACAUUGAUUAUGAAAAAGAUCAAAUGCGUGGUCUUGAUAUGCUUGCUGCAUAUUAUGCACAGCAAGCAAAUAAAGAAAAAAAUAAGGAUAAGAAAAAAGAUUUAUUUGCAAAAGCUAUGUUACUAUAUAAUACUGCAGAUAAGAUCAUAAUGUAUGAUCAAAAUCACUUAUUGGGUCGUGCAUAUUGUGCUCUUCUUGAAGGUGAUAAAAUGGAACAGGCUGAUACACAAUAUAAUUUUGUAUUAAAUCAGUCACCAUCAAAUAUACCAUCAUUGCUUGGAAAAGCCUGUAUAGCUUACAAUAAAAAAGAUUAUAGAGGAGCUUUAGCAUUUUACAAAAAAGCUUUGAGAACGAAUCCGACUUGUCCAGCAGCAGUACGUUUGGGAAUGGGGCAUUGCUUUUUAAAAUUAAAUAAUCAAGAAAAGGCGAGAAUGGCAUUUGAACGUGCUCUCUUUCUAGAUCCACAAUGUGUAGGUGCCUUAGUGGGCCUUGCAAUUCUAAAAUUGAAUUUACAACAACCAGAAUCAAAUAAAAUAGGUGUACAAAUGCUUUCAAAAGCAUAUUCAAUAGAUUCUUCAAACCCAAUGGUAUUGAAUCAUUUAGCAAAUCAUUUUUUCUUUAAGAAAGAUUAUAAUAAAGUGCAACAUUUGGCUUUACAUGCAUUUCAUAACACUGAAAAUGAAGCCAUGAGAGCUGAAAGUUGUUACCAGCUUGCAAGAGCUUUUCAUGUCCAAGGUGAUUAUGAUCAAGCUUUUCAGUAUUAUUAUCAAGCAACACAGUUUGCACCUGCCUCAUUUGUACUGCCCCAUUUCGGUUUAGGGCAAAUGUAUAUAUAUCGUGGUGAUACAGAAAAUGCAGCCCAAUGUUUUGAAAAAGUUUUAAAAGCACAACCUGGAAAUUAUGAAACAAUGAAAAUUUUAGGUUCAUUAUAUGCAAGUUCAUCAUCACAAUCAAAACGUGAUAUAGCAAAAAGCCAUUUAUGCAAAGUGACAGAGCAAUUUCCAGAUGAUAUAGAGGCCUGGAUUGAACUGGCUCAAAUUUUGGAACAAACUGAUUUAAAAGGUUCAUUACAAGCUUAUGGCACUGCCACUAAAAUUUUAACCGAUAAAGCUUUGGCUGAUGUGCCGUCUGAAAUACUUAAUAAUGUAGGCGCUUUACAUUAUAGACUUGGUAAUCUUGAAGAAGCAAAAAAGAAUCUAGAGGAAGCUGCAGAAAGAGCAAAAUUAGAAGCUGAACAGGAUGCAACAUAUUAUAAUUCAAUAUCUGUAACUAUAACAUAUAAUAUAGCCAGAUUAAGUGAAUCACUUUGUAUGUUUGAUAAGUCUGAAAAGUUGUAUAAAGAUUUAUUGAUGGAGCAUCCAAAUUAUAUUGAUUGCUAUUUAAGACUUGGUUGCAUGGCUCGUGAUAGAGGUCAAAUUUACGAAGCAUCAGAUUGGUUUAAGGAAGCUCUUAAAAUAAAUAAUGAACAUCCUGAUGUAUGGUCUCUUAUUGGUAAUCUUCAUUUGGCUAAAAUGGAGUGGGGGCCAGGUCAAAAAAAAUUUGAGAGAAUAUUAGAUAAUCCUUCAACAUGCACAGAUGCUUAUUCGAUGAUUGCUUUAGGAAAUGUUUGGUUGCAAACUCUUCAUCAACCCAACAAAGAUAAGACGAGAGAAAAGAAGCACCAAGAUAGAGCAUUGGCCAUGUAUAAAGCAGUUUUGAGAAAUGAUCCUAGAAAUAUAUGGGCAGCUAAUGGUAUUGGAUCUGUUCUGGCUCAUAAAGGUUUAUUUAAUGAAUCUAGGGACAUCUUUGCGCAGGUUCGUGAAGCAACUGCGGAUUUUUGUGAUGUUUGGUUGAAUAUUGCACAUAUAUAUGUAGAACAAAAACAAUAUAUUAGUGCUGUACAAAUGUAUGAGAAUUGUUUAAAAAAGUUUUUCCAGAAUCCAAAUGUAGAUGUUUUGCAAUAUCUGGCACGCGCUUAUUACAAAGCUGGAAAGUUACGUGAAGCUAAACUAACUUUUCUCAGAGCGCGACGUGUUGCUCCAGAAGAUACUUUAUUGCUUUAUAAUAUUGCAUUAGUUCUUCAAAAAUUAGCAACGCAAGUUUUAAAGGAUGAGAAAUCUACUUUGCAAGUUGUUUUACAAGCAGUUGAUGAACUAGGGAUAUCACUAAAAUAUUUUCAACAUUUAGCAGCAAGUGGUGAUAGAACUAAGUAUGACCUUACAAUGGCAGGAUUGGAAGCUCGUCAAUGCCAAGAUCUACUUUCUCAGGCACAGUAUCACGUAGCACGUGCUCGCAGAGCAGAUGAGGAAGAAAAAUCAAUGCGCAAGAAACAGGAAGAAGAACGAAUUGCAUUCCGUAAACGUCAAGAAGAAGAACGUUUACGUGCUGAACAAGAACGUGUAAAAACUACUGAAGAAAUGCUGCAAAAGCGUAUAGAAUAUAGAGAAAAGACUAAGAACGCUUUACUCUUUGCGGAGUUACCACAAGAGAAGAAAAAAGGAAAAUCGAGACGUGAUGAAUAUGUGUCAGAUUCAGGUGGAAGUGGUGCUGAAAGACCAAUGGAAGAUGGUAAUGAGUCGAGAAAAAAGAAACGAGAACCAGCUGCUGGAAAGAAGAGAAAAGGUGGUGUCAGAAAGAAGAGAGAGAAACACAGUAAUAGAACUGGUUCUGGAUCUGAAAGUGAUGAUGCCCCUAAAUCCAAAAAGCCACGUGGUAAAAAGGGUAAACCAAAAAAAGAGAAAGAGGAGACAGAAAAACUUACCCAGAAGCAAAAGUUGCGUAUUGUGUCAAAAGCUACUAUUUCUACUAGCGAAUCUGAGAGUGAUGGAGGUAAAAUAAAAACUGCAAGUGAGGAUGGAAGCAGUGGUCCGGAAAGAAAUUACAAAUCUAAAAAAAUUGCAUCCAAUUCAGAUCGCUCAGACUCGGAACCUGAUAGAUCUAGAAAUCGUCAAUCUAGAAGCAGAUCAAAAUCAAGGGGUUCAAGGUCAAGGUCAAGGUCAGUAUCAGGAAGUGGAUCCAGAAAAAGCCGUAGUGUGUCCCGUUCCAAAUCGCGAAGCGCAUCGAGGUCAGCGUCUGGUAGCUCGCGAAGAUCGCGCAGCAGAUCAGGAAGUAGAAGCGUGUCAAGAUCUAGAAGUAGAUCUGUUUCCAGAAGUGUUUCACGAUCUCGAAAGUCAGGUUCUCGUAGCGGAUCAGGUAGUAGAUCUGGGGGCUCCAGAUCAAAUUCUGGUAGUAGAAGAGAAUCACCAGUCUCUAGAAAAAGUGUAUCUGGUAGUGAGUCUGGCUAAAACUAAAAAUUAUAUGUUUUAUAUGUUGUAAAUUGACGAUACAAUUGAUGUUCAUUUAUUUUAUAU